UAAAGGGCAAGCAGAGUGGAAGGCAGACUAGACGGGAGGAAAUCGGGACUACUAAAAAAGCUCAAGGAGCGUCUCCGGAUAGGCUUUAAUCUAAAAGAUCAAACAGGGACACUGAACUGCGGAUUGCAAAGAAGUCCCGCGACAGGAUAAACGCCCUCAGACGCGGCGGGAGGAUGGCGACGGGAGUCACUUCCAGCCGCACAUUUGGCCAAGAGGAGUACAGUCUGUACAGCAGCCUGAGUGAAGAGGAACUCAUCCAGAUGGCGGUCGAGCAAAGCCUUGAGGCGCAAUCCGGCUCGGUGCAGCCUCCAGGUCCGAGGGGCCAGGCACACCCCAGGAAUCGAGUUCAGGCCCAGGUGACUGGGCGUGUGGUUCAGACCGCGGCCCCUCAAGCUUGUGCCAAGACCAGGUCGCCAGUGACUACUUCUGCUCCGACCGCCAACCCUCCGAGAUCAAGGAGAUUCGAUGGGAGACUGAUUCGACCCUCCAAGCCGGUGGUGGAGGUGGAUCCUGCCGUUGUUGCGAUAAAAAAUGGUGAUGAAGAAACCUUGUCAAAUAUGAUCCGAGCUGGGAAAGUGCUUUCUGUGCCAAACUCGGAGGGCUGGCUCCCUCUGCACGAAACAAUUUACUAUAACAAACCCGGCUGUGCGAAAUUGUUGCUUCAAGCUUAUCCUGGAACUGUAGACUGUCGCACACUGGCAGAAGAAACUCCUUUAUUCUUAGCAACAUGCAGGGGGAACUUGGAAUGCAUGAAAUGUUUACUAGAAGCAGGAGCAGAAUGCGACAUCUCUAGUAAGGCAAAAGAAACUGCGCUCUACAAAGCCUGUGAACAUAAAAAUGUGGAAGCCGUUAAACUUCUGAUACAAUAUAAUGCUGAUGUGAAUCACCGCUGCAACCGUGGGUGGGCUGCUCUUCAUGAGGCUGCUAUACGAAAUGAUCUAGACAUCAUCGAAGCUCUGCUCAUGGCUGGUGCCAAGAUUGAAGCAACAAAUAUUUAUGGAAUCACUCCAUUAUUUGUUGCAGCACAAAGUGGACAACUGGAAUCUUUGCGUUUUCUCACAAAGCAUGGUGCAAAUAUCAAUACACAAGCCAGUGAUAAUGCCUCGGCAUUGUAUGAAGCCAGCAAGAAUGAGCAUGAAGAAAUUGUGGCCUUUCUUCUUUCACAAAAUGCUGAUGCAAACAAAGGAAGUAAGGAUGGUUGGCUGCCCCUUCACAUUGCUGCUGCAAGGGGCAAUAUGGCGAUAGUUCAGAUGUUGAUUCCUGUUACCAGCAAAGUCCGGGUGAGGCGCAGUGGAAUUAGUCCCCUUCAUCUUGCUGCUCAACACAAUCGAAAUGAUAUUGUUGAAGAACUGAUUGAAGCUGGCUACCCUAUCAAUGCUCUCUUGUCACCAGAAAGAUCCCGGCUGUUUGAAGAUAAACGUACUUCAGUUUUAUACUUUGCUGUUUACAAUAAUAAUGUAGAAACCACAGAAAUGUUGCUCAAGGCUGGAGCAAAUCCUAAUGUCGAUCUGAUAAACCCCCUUCUAAUCUCUAUCCGACAUGGCUCCAUCAAAAACAUAAAGCUGCUCAUAAAAUAUGGAGCCAACAUCAAUGCUUAUAUUCAAUCUCAUCCGACUUCCUUCCCAGCAACAAUCAUGUUUGCUAUGAAGUACCUCAGUUUGUUGAAGUUAAUUAUGGAUUUUGGUGGUGAUGGAGAGUCAUGUUUUAAAUGUGUGUAUGGAAGUCAUCAACAUCCAGAGCAAGAGCAGAGAAGAGAUGAUAUACAAAUGGAACGUAAAAUGCCCAGACCUGUACAAUUUUGUGAAAUGGUAUCUACACCUGGAAUCUACAGAUGGGCUGGACCAAUCAUUGAUGUCUUACUUGACUAUGUUGGAAAUGUGAAUCUCUGCAGUAAACUGAAGGAACAUCUUGACAGUUAUGAUGAAUGGGCGACUAUCAAGACAAAAUCAGAACCUCCAAGACCUCUUGUCCAUCUUUGCAGAAUUAAAGUUCGAAAGCUUUUGGGACUUCAGAGAUUAAAAUUUAUUGAAAUGUUGCCUCUACCUGGCAGGCUGAAAAGAUACUUGGAGUACAAUGACACAAAUGAUUUGAUGUAAAUUUAACAUUUGACAGAAACCACUCAGAAACUACAAGAAAAGCAUUUGCAUGCAGAAAAGGAGGUCAGUCCAAAAGUUGCAACUGUAAAUGAUUUAUUGUAUACCGAAAGAAGUAACGUUUUGUGGGAUUGCAAGCAUGGAGUUAACAGAUGCACAAAUUAGUUAUGGACAGAUUUCAAAUGGCCUAAACCUAAAUGGAUAAGGACUGAAAGGUUGAAAAAUAAGUCAGGGAUUUUGGAUUUUAUUAGUUCCAAAUAUAGGAACCAAAACUAGGUAUAUUGAACAAAAUAAUUCGGAAAUGCACAGCACAUUAGUCAACAUCAAAAUGAGAAAAGGUAAGUUGAAAUUUAACCUGUUAACAUGUCCUAAUGAGAAGUCCCACUGGACACAUCAGCUUCUCUCUCCUCUUUCACAUGCUGCCUGAUCUACUCUGUAUUUCUGGCGUUUUGUGUUUUCAAUUUCGAUUUCUAGCCUCAUAGUUUUUUUCUUUUCAUCCCUUACAAUUUGGCAUUUUAACAUGUACAUAAAACUGUAAACAAUGUACCAAAGCAUAACCUGUCACAUCAACAUGUAAGAUAAAGAUGUUUUAAAUUUUAACUUUUUUUAAAUUCCAAUUUCAGAAAGGAGUAGCCAAGACACUGAUUGUUCAGUUUUUAUGCACCUCAGGCAAAAUUUGUGAAUGAAACUUGCUUCAGUUUGCACCUUGCUCUGUAAAGAUAGUAUAGCCAUGAUAAGCUCAAACCCAUUUCUAGUCGAAUUUUUGAUAGAAAUUUGACAUCUUAUUUAAUUUUUAUGCUUUAUUAAAUGUAGUAAACACUAAGCUAUAAGGUGUUAGCUAGCAGCAAAAUAUUACUAAAUAUCUUGGGUUGCUUGAUUAAUGCCACUUGUUGCGUGGAACAUCACAGCAGCUGAAGAGAAAUUGUGUUUUCAAUUGCACUGACAGUACCAUAGUUGUUGCUAUACCUUCAAAAAUAUUCAACUCUUAAGGUUAAGGAUUGAGCCAUAUAGUCCAGGCAAGUCCUAAUUGUAUGUCACGGUAUGUACUGAGUUACCUGACCUUAUCCAAGACAGCAUUUGGUGCAUUGGAAUAGGCCAUUUAGCCUAUUCCAUCAAUUAGUUAGAUAAUGGGUGAUUUUAUUUUACCUCAACUCAAUUUACUCAACUUUGCUUCAUAUCUCAUGGACUACUCAUGAACAAAAGUCUUUGAACUCAGUAUUGAAAAUUUGAAUUGAUCCAGUAAGAUUUACAAUAUCAUAUAUGUUAAAAAAAAGUACUUCCGGAUUUCACUCCUAAAUGAUACCAGGCUUUAGUUUUAACGGUAUGACUUCUUCCCCUGAGCUACCCACCAGAGGAAGCCAUUUCCCUGAAUGUGCUCCUAUCAAAUUCCUUUCUCAUUUUAAACGCCAGAUUGACCCUCAAAUAAUCUCAACUAAGAAUCCUACAAAAAGGCUCUGCAUUCUUGGGUUACAAAAAUGGGGAAACAACCAUAUUUUCACUCCUGGUUGUCAUCAGUCAUUUCAGAAAGUGAUUGCAUGCCAGCAUUACUUUGGAAAAAGUGAGGACUGCAGAUGCUGAGAUCAGAGUGGAGAGUGUGGUGCUGGAAAAGCACAGCAGAUAACG